AUGGACGUCCUUCGCGGUCCCUUCGCUCCAAACCCCUCGUCGGCCCUCCAGUCGCCUCCACCCCGGCGCAUCUCAACAGUCGCAGGGCGGCGCCUCUCUGCUGUCGUCUCUGAUCGAGCAUCCACUCAGUCCAUGUCGUCGCCAUCGCCGCGAGUCGUCAGCCGGUGGAGCGACAGCACCCACAUGGCCAGGACGAUACCGCGCACCAGUCGCGACUCGAUGCCACCACCCUACCUCCUGCACAGCGACCCUCUGGAAGGCGACAAGCUCGUACCCAUCGGUCCCGUCGUGCGUCAAAGAGGAGGAUGCAAGAGAAUCGGCUUUCUGGUCCUGCUAGCACUGGUUGCAAUUGCGCUCGGUAUAGGUCUGGGUGUAGGCUUGACUCGAGGAAGUGGAGGAGGAGGAGGCGGCAAUGGAGCAUCAACAGCAGAGCCGGAUGCGAGCACUCCCUCGCAACUGACGUAUCCUGUUGGCGAAUACAGCCUUGUCACGGCCCUGCGUACUAUUGAGACCAACUGUACUUCAGACCCCAAUACCUGGCGCUGCUUUCCAGGUCCCACCUUCGCUCAGUCCGCGAGUGCGUCCCUGGCCACCUUCAAUUGGCUCUUGUCCAAUACCUCUGCCUCGUAUGCCACCAACAGCAGUGCCUUGUCCACAUCUUCCCAGGGCAUCGCUGCGAACCUGACCAUUUCCGCAUCCAACAACCCGUUCAGCAUUACCUUUGAUUCGACUCCUCUGACUUUCAUCAAUGAUACGUCUCCGCGCUAUACCUUUGCAGCCAACAUAUCGCAGAAGAUCAUACCAGCUUCAAACAUCACCGCAGACAACAGAGCCACCGUUUGCUUCUUCAACCAAACCCAAGUCGUGGGAACGCUGCAUCUGGAUGACACUUACGCUCAACAAUACACGUUUACCGGCAACAAUGCGAGCUACACCCUAUGGCCGUACGCUGUCCAAGUUGAGCUCGUGAGCCCCGGUGGCCAGAACACGCCGGCCUGCUAUUACACAACGAACGGCGCCAUUGGAGCCCAGAUCACAGAUGUGUUUACUGCUCAACCCGCCGAGGAUGUGUGCCUCUGUGAAUACAGAAACUACUUCUGA